UUGAUGCCACUGAUAUCAGAAUUUGGGCAUUCCCCACAAACAGCACAGAGAAUAUUAUGAGAGAGAAAGAAGAUGCAGCAGCAGUGAAUUUCUAGAGAGAGAGAGAGAGAGAGUGUUGUACCGUUCCACUUCCACUGCAGCCUCAGAAGGAGAGCGCAAGUGGGUCAAUUUUGUUUCUUUCAGACGGCGGCAGUGGACUCGCCUCGGUGACUCACCCCUCCCCACCACACCCACUUGCUCAAGCUGCUGUCUUUUUCCGGCGCCUCUCCUCUGUCUGUGUCUCCUAUUGGCUACCCUUUGCCCAUAGAGAUGUCUCAGCUGAGAAGGUAAACGCCACUGAGGAGGACAGUUUCUUUUUUAGCUCUGCUGAAGUUCUUGAAAUCGGGAAGAGGCUUACUUUCAGUUUCGUCAUCUGGGUGUCGUUGUUGUCGGGCUGUCUCUGCGAUGGGUUUUGUUCUUGAGCUCAGGUGAUGGCGAAAACGGGGGCUUUUUCCGGGCCCGAGGAUAUGGAGGCCUUUCCGUAUAGAUAUUCGGUCAUUUAGCAUUUGGUGUUGAUAUGUUCAGUGGAGCAACAUGAGGAAUCUUCUCAAGAAGUUCCACAUUGUGUCUAACCAAUCAGAGGAUGCAGAGGGUUCCGGUUCGUUGAGGGGCAGUCACCCCAGCGAGCACAAUAGGCCCUUCUCGAGUCUUUCGAGCUGGUUGCAGUCAGUUGCUAGCAAGCACGGGUCGAGCACCCCUUCUUCCUCGAACGAGACGAGGAGCGAGCGGAUGGAAGGAUCUGAUUCUGUCAGCACGAGCAGCAGGACAGCAGAUGUUAUUGGCCAAGAUGGGACUUUGCGGGAACCGGGCUCAGGGAACUCCAGGGAUCCCGAUGUGGAGGAGGAGUAUCAGAUACAAUUAGCUCUCGAGUUGAGCGCGAGGGAGGAUCCUGAAGCAGUGCAGAUUGAGGCUGUUAAGCAGAUUAGUUUGGGCUCUUGUUCUUCAGAUAAUACUCCUGCUGAAAUCACUGCUUACAGAUAUUGGAACUAUAAUUCCCUUGGCUACGAUGACAAAAUCUUGGAUGGCUUCUACGAUCUAUACGGGGUCCUGAAUGAAUCCACUUUUGGGAGAAUGCCCUCGCUGGUUGAUCUGCAAGGGACUUCAAUCUUGGACAGUGUCGCAUGGGAAGCAGUCCUGGUCAACAGGUCUGCUGACUCGAAGUUGUUACAAUUAGAAGACAAGGCCUUAGAGAUUGCUGUCAAAUUGAGAUUGGGCCCACGGGUUCCUCAACAGGCUGAUUUGGUGCGGGCCCUCGCUCUUUUGGUUUCUGAAUACAUGGGUGGACCUGUCGGGAACCCCGACAAUAUGCUGAGAUCAUGGAGAAGUCUUGUCUCUAGAUUGAAAUCAACCCACGGGAGCAUGGUGUUGCCACUUGGCUCUCUGACGAUCGGGCUGGCUCGGCAUCGUGCAUUGUUGUUCAAGGUUUUGGCUGAUAGUGUGAGCAUCCAUUGCCGCUUAGUUAAAGGAUACCAGUACACAGGCUCGGCCGAUGUGGCUAUGAACUUUGUAAAGAUUGACGAUGGAAGGGAGUACAUAGUAGAUCUGAUGGCAGAUCCAGGCACUCUCAUACCAUCUGAUACAACCGGGUCAUUUUUGGAGUGCGAUGAAUCACUCUUCCCCGCAAGACCUCUUUCUGAAGAUACCAAUGCAUCCCGUGGAGCAUGUUCUGGUAAUACGUUGAGCAGUUUUAUUGAAGGGGCAUCAUGUAUUGGAGCAAUUAUCAAUGAGGCAAAGGAAUGGUCUGAGACCUCUUCAGCAAAGUCCAAAAGUAGAAACUCUUCCACUCAGAAGAAGAGAGUGCCAGCGAGUGGACUCCCUCAGAGGCCUAAUUACCCAUACUCGCAUGCAAGAUCUCCUUCAUGGACAGAAGGUGUCAGUUCACCUGCUGCUCAUCAGAUGAAGGUGAGAGAUGUCUCGCAGUACAUGAUUGAUGCUGCAAAUGAGAAUCCACAAUUAGCACAGAAACUCCAUGAUGUAUUACUUGAGAGUGGAGUGGUGGCUCCCCCAAAUCUAUUCUCCGAAGUAUAUCCCAAGCAAGUGAAAGUUGAGGCCAAGGUCCAAAUCCAAACUGAAGCAUGCAAGAGACCAGAUGAUCGUGAUAGGUCCAUCUCUUUACCUCCUCGGCCUCCUCCUCGGCCUCAGGAGAUUCACAUGGAGCGGCAUACACCUAUGGAAGCAUCAGCCCUCAACAGUCCCGUGGAAUCACAAGUGAAAGGACAACCUCUUGCAUCACUGCCCGAUGUGGGUCCUGUGAAGUAUACAAAAGAAGUUCCAGUUGCCGCUGCAGCUGCUGCAGCAGCUGCUGUCAUGGCUUCCUCGAUGGUGGUUGCUGCAGCAAAGUCGAGCACUUCCGAAUCAAGCUGUCUCGAUCUUCCAGUGGCAGCAGCUGCCACAGCCACAGCUGCAGCAGUGGUGGCUACUACUACAGCUGUGAAUAAGAAGUAUGAGCAUGGACCACAAGGUGACGGGGAAACAAAUAGUAGUAAUCAGGAGCCUGAUGACUUUGUAGGGGUGAACUCGGAAGGGGAGAGGGAGAGGGUAUCCGAUCGAUCAGCAGGUGAUGAUAGCGUAAAGUCUGAUGUUGCAAUGGAUGAUGUAGCGGACUACGAGAUUCAGUGGGAAGAGAUCACCUUGGGUGAGCGUAUUGGGCUUGGAUCAUAUGGGGAGGUCUACCACGGAGACUGGCAUGGAACUGAAGUUGCUGUGAAGAAGUUCCUCGACCAGGAUAUCUCUGGUGAAUCACUUGAAGAAUUCAAAAGCGAGAUUCGGAUCAUGAAGAAAGUUCGGCAUCCCAACGUUGUUCUCUUCAUGGGAGCGGUUACUCGUGUCCCAAAUCUUUCAAUCAUAACGGAGUUUCUGCCCCGAGGCAGUUUAUAUAGGUUACUCCACCGGCCUAACAAUCAACUUGACGAGAGAAGGCGAUUAAGAAUGGCCCUUGAUGCAGCUCGGGGAAUGAAUUAUCUCCACAACUGCAACCCCGUCAUUGUGCACCGCGAUCUUAAGUCCCCAAAUCUCCUGGUAGACAAAAAUUGGGUCCUGAAGGUUUGUGAUUUCGGUUUGUCUCGGAUGAAGCAUAGCACAUUCCUCUCUUCAAGGUCUGCGGCUGGAACAGCGGAGUGGAUGGCCCCAGAAGUGCUGAGAAACGAACCUUCCAAUGAAAAGUGCGAUGUUUAUAGCUUUGGGGUCAUAUUAUGGGAGCUGAUUACUCUAAAACAGCCAUGGGGAGGAAUGAACCCGAUGCAAGUUGUUGGAGCCGUUGGAUUCCAACAUCGACGUCUAGAAAUACCCGAUGAUAUGAAUCCUGCCAUUGCAGAUAUCAUCAAGAAGUGCUGGCAAACAGACCCGAAAUUGAGGCCCUCAUUUACUGAGAUCAUGGCAGCAUUAAAGCCAUUGCAGAAGCCGAUCAUCGGUCCCCAAGUCCUUAGACUGAGUGCUUCACGACCAGCUAAUACUAGAGAAUGUUAAGAGAGUCACAGGCUGUGAAGGGGAGGAUUCCACCGUACGUUAUCAUCAUUCAUCUGCCAGAACUUUGAGGCAAGCUGUAGAUUAGUUUGGGGACGAACAUUGGAAAGAAGAUAAAGCUCGGUUCGAUAAGUGAUCAUGCCAUAAAAGAGGGUUAUGAUUCUCUUAGUCCCUUUUGCGUGUUUGUCUUCUCAACUAGCUGUGCAGUGUGUUACACAAUGUCACGUGAGUACUCAGUAAAGAUACCAACGAUGUGAAAUUUUGUAGACGAGGUACUCCCCCGAUAAGUUGGUCUCGCCGAGGAGGAAAUUACUGUUCAUACUCCGGUUUGCUGUCUGAUAGUGGAAUGAUAUACAUGGACCCCAAACAAGUGAUUCUUAAAGGAUGAUAAGUGUUCACAUGUC